AUGGACACGUCGGUUAUUUUCCCUGUCGAGGCAGAGGGGUUUGUUCAAAGUCUGGAGACUUUCUCUCUCAAGGAAGUGGGCUCUGCAAGGUGGUUCAGACAGCAUGAGUACAUCGAGAAACUGAACAUGCAGGCGAUACUGAAUGCUUCUGCCAUGCAUGAUGAGUUUGUCAAGGAGCUCCUGAUAUCUUAUGGAAAGAUACCUGUUCUGGUGCAUGAAAUGAUCCUUGUCGAAGUGUGGAAGCAAAAAGUGUUUCCCAUUUUAUGUCAGCUGCAGGACUUUAAUCCCAAGAACACAUUUCAUCUUUACAUGGUGAUCCACCAUGAAGCCACGAUCAUAAACCUUCUUGAAACGAUAAUGUUUCAUAAGGAUUCAUGUGAGGCAGCUGAUGACUCAGUUCUUGACUUGGUGGAUUACUGCCACCGCAAACUCACCCUGCUGGCCAGCAAAGCAACCAGGGAGAGCCUGACGACCCGAGACCAACGCAACCUGACCGGCAAAGCAGUUGUUUCCUCUAUAGAGGAGUUGCAGACGCAGAGUGCUGCUCUGGAGUUUGAAAUCUCCCUGAAGGCUGUCUCUGUGCUGCGCUACAUUACGGAUCACACUGAGAGCAUCAGUGUUAUCAAUCGCAUGCUGUGCACCCAUAACAUGCCAUGUGUACUGGUUCAGCUGAUUGACUGCUGCCCUUGGAGUCGCUGUACAGAAGGUGGAGUAGAUAAGUACAUAAAUGGCAGAUGGCAGAAGAUUCCUGCAGAGGACCAUUUAAAGAUGACAAAACUAGAUGGUCAGGUCUGGAUUUCCCUUUACAAUUUGCUGCUGAAAGAAGACUGCCAACGGAAAUAUGACUUCAACAGUUUCAACAAGAGCCAGCUUCUAAAGCUCCGGUCUUUCUUGACAGAGGUAUUGAUUGAUCAGCUGCCAAACCUGGUGGAGCUGCAGCGUUACCUGGCACAUCUUGCAGUUACAGACCCAGCCCCUCCAAAAAAGGAGCUCAUUUUAGAACAGAUCCCAGAAAUAUGGAACCACAUUGUGAGAGAGAAUUCUGGGAAGUGGAAGGCAAUAGCAAAGUAUCAAGUCAAAGAAACGUUCAACCCAUCUGAAAGCGACCUGAGACUGCAAGCACAGAGCUUGGCCCGGACGUACAACUUGGACGUGAUGGAGAGUUUACUCCCUGAGAAGCCAAAGUGUGGAUCCUGUGGGAAAGAGGCUACAAAGAGAUGCUCCCGAUGUCAGGGAGAAUGGUACUGUCAGAGAGAGUGUCAGGUGAAGCACUGGCCUAAACACAAGAAAGCCUGCCAGCUUAUGGCUGAGGCCACAGAGAAGAUCCAGAGGGACCUGCACAUUGACAGCUAAGAGGGAG